AUGGGUGCUGUGAUUUACCUGGUGAUAAAGUCAGACUUAGCCACGUCAAGCUCAUUCGUCUGCUCCAAGACGAAAGCAUCACCACUGAAGAGGAUGUCAAUACCAAGGUUGGAGUUGACAGCAGCUCUCAUCCUGGCUAAACUCACUAAGUAUGUCACCGACCAACUCACACUCAAUAUCAGCAACAUUCACUUAUGGACAGAUUUGUCAGUCACACUCUAUUGGAUUUCUUCUCAUCCAAAUAAGUGGAAGGAUUUCAUCAGGAAUCGAGUUGCAGCAAUUCAGGAUCUGGACCCUGCAGCACAUUGGAGACAUGUCCCUGGAAAGAAGAAUCCUGCUGACUGUGCUUCUAGAGGGAUUCUCAUUUCAAAAUUGAUUGAGCAUAGGCUCUGGUGGCAUGGACCAGAGUGGCUUCUGCAGCCGAGUAACGUUGAGGUGGAGGAUGAGACAGAGGCGCGUCAGGUGUCAGCAUUGGUGUCUUCAGUCUUGGACUCGGAGUUCCUACUCAGGCUCACUCAGUCCAGCUCCACAUUGCACAAACUCUAUCGUAUCACAGCCACCGUCUUACUUGCUUGUGCCAAGUUCAAAGCCUUACUCACACACCAGGAAUCAUUCGUAGCUGUCACUGCAGAACUCAUCACUCAAGCUAAGCUCUUACUCAUCAGAUUAACUCAACAGGAAUGUUUCAAGGAGGAAAUCAAGAUGCUCAAAUCAGGUUCUCUCCCAAAGAGCCAUGUUUUCCACCGGUUGAUGGCAUAUACUGAUGAUGCUGGCAUACUGCGUGUGGGAGGCAGACUCCUGAAUGCCAAGCUCAGACCUGAUGCAAAACAUCCUGCCCUACUUCCUCGUCAAGCUCAAUUCACCAGUUUGGUUAUCGAUCAGGCUCAUCGGCAAACUCUACACGGAGGAACUCAGGUCACUCUUAGUAAAACUCGUCAAGAGUUUUAG